AUGACUAAGAUUAAGAGGAAGAGAAAGAUAAAGAUAUCUGCUUCUCUUGAUUUUAAAAAUUUUGAUGAGUAUAUCAUCUUCAACAUCCUCAAUAAAUUUGAAGCUGAUACUUUGUACAGUUUAAGGGUGGUAUGUAAGCAAUGGUAUAACAUGAUAUUUGAUCCUUAUUUUGCUAAUUCCAACCUCUCUUAUGGGGAACCUAGUAUCUUAAUCCAAACCCCAGUCUCUGGUUCUUAUAGAUUGGGUUUUAUGGAGAUGAAAGGAGGAGAAGUCAUUGUUAAGGAUUUGAAUAUAUGCCUUAAGAAGCCAGUACAUGCUUCCUACAAUAGCCUUGUCUUGGUGCAAUACUUCCCAAAACCUGGAGAUUUAUCGGUAGGGAACCCUCUCACUAGAAAAAGGAUAACAAUUCCUCCACGAAUUUGUAAUUUACGUCUAGACAAUGUUUUUGGGUUCACAUAUAUUCCUCAAACAAGAGAAUACAAGAUCGUCUGCCAAAUGUUUGAUAAAAUUAUUUGUUCUUGUGUUUUUAUGAUACUCACUCUUGGUUCUAAUGAAUGGAGACAAGUCAAAGGGCCUCAAUUGCCUUGGAUUGAAAAAGAAUCCAUAUCUAUUAAUAGUUUCGCGCAUUCAGUAGUUACUGAGGAUGAUCAAGACUUCUUGUUUUCCAUAGAUACUACUGAAGAAACUUCUCAUAAGACUGCACUCCCGUAUUCUAUGCCAAUCAUAGCUAGUCUUUACACCGUUGGGAUAGGAUUUUCACGCCGUCUUUACAUAAUGGAUCUAGGAGGAUUUUUAUUGGUUGUGUUAAGGUUUGCUGGUUAUGCUGAAGUGUGGGUUCUGGAAGACUUUUAUAAGAACCAAUGGGUUAGACGACGCCGCAUCUUCCUUGAAGGUAAUGCCCUGUAUUUUCGAGGGUUGGUUGGUAGCUUUGGAAAUGGAAAAGUAAUAUUAUUCGCGGGCUUUGAUUUCUGUUAUGUAGCUGAUGAUAUCAAACUGCUGAAGCUAGAGAUUUUACCAGUUGUGAAGGCUGACAUAAAUAAUUGUAUACAGCACUUGAACAGCCUCAUUUCAUGCAAAUCGUUGUAA